AUGAAACUUUUUGGACCUAUCAAAAUAAUUUACAAAAAGGGAGGUUUUGUAGUGUGCCAAUGUUCAGGGACAGGGAGUAGGAUGUUCAUGUCAUUGCUAGCAUGUACUGAAGUUGAGGAGGAUUUGGAAGAUGAUCAACUGUCAUGCACUCAGGAAAGCGAUGAACACUAUUUUGCUGACACAGAGGGUUACUCAAGUGUUUCAUCUGAAACUGAUAGUGCUUUGUCUGAUUCAGAAAGCUGGGAUGAAUCUUUAAGUGAUUCUUCACUUUCAUUCUCCUGGGUGAAUUCUAGAUCAAGCAAAUCUCAAGAAGCCAUUCCUGAAACAGAAUCAACCCAACAUUCACACAAAGCUGUUAACAGUAAACUUGAUGUGAGCCAUGAAAUCCUAGCACAGAUGACAGAGGGUUUCACCGGUGAGGAUAGCAUUGGUGACCAUAAAUGUGUUGGAAGUGCUGUCCGUCAUAAAUGGAACACAUCUUUACCAGAGUCAAAAAACAUUGAAGAAAAUUGUGAAAAAGAUGACCACAUUGAAAUGCAGGAUUCAAGUCAGGAAUGGGCUUUCUAUUCUGAGGCACUUCACGGAUUCAAGUCAGGAAUGGGCUUUCUUUUUGAGGCACUUCACGCAGAAAAUGCUAAACCAAAAGAUUCAGAAUCAAUUCUUUCUGUAAUUUCAAACCAGCAGUCAGCAACACAUGCUGGACCAACUACUCAAUCUCAGGCAGCUCAAUCUCCCGUAAGCAACCCUUUAUGGAAUGGAGACAGCAAAUUAAACAUGGCCCCUCCACAGUGUAGUGAUGAGGAAAUACACUCAGGUCAGGAAUGGGAAGAAUCAGGGGAAGGUCUCGCCAGUUGGUUUGAUCUUUGUGAGAAUGAAGAUGCUGGAAAGAAUAAGCAUUCAAAAUGGGAAAUGUCAUCUGUUGAACCAAAUAAGACUGAUGGAGGUGUGGAGAAAGAUGUCUUUGAUUCAGAGGAAGAAUUAAGCCAAGAACAGGGGCUCUUUUGUGAACAAGGGAACUCGCAUGUUCACCUAUCAUUACCAGAUGAUACCUCUGUUCAGAGUCGUCGUCCUGAAGUGAAAAAAAAAGAGAGCCAGAACGGAGCUGAUGUCAACAAAGAAGGAUGGAACACUCCACUCAUUGAGGCUGCAAGAAAUGGUCACACUGAUAUUGUAAGGUUGCUCAUAGAGAACGGAGCUGAUGUCAACAAAGGAGAAGAGAUUUUCGGGCACACUCCACUUACUGAAGCUGUAACUAAUGGUCACACUGAUAUUGCCAGGUUGCUCAUACAGAACGGAGCUGAUGUCAACAAAGGAGGGGUACGUUGGAAGCAUAAAUCGUAUAUGUUAAGUCAGAGUAUCUCGAUUGAACCGGAACUGAAGAACCAUCUAUAA